AUGCCUUCAUCCUCCUCCGCCAACAACGAAACCGACAAACUAUCCGCAGAAACGCUAUACAGUGACCGUGCAUCGAACUAUGACACCUCAAACGGAGGCUGGCACGUGAAACUUGGGCAAGACUUCGUACGGUGGUCAGCGCCUGCGCCGGGCUCCGCAGUUCUCGACCUCGCAUGUGGUACGGGACUCGUGGCGUUACCAAUGGCGGCAGCCGUUGGCCGCGACGGCGUCGUCGUGGGUGUCGACCUCACUACGGCAAUGUUGAAUCUUGCGCGCGAGAAGAAGAUACCCGAAGGAGCAGCACGGGUGGAAUGGGUCGAAGCCAACAUUACCGAGGAACUUGGUGAGGUUGAUGCUGUCCGGCGUGUAGUUGCGGAAAGGGGUGGUUUUGAUGUUAUUUCGUGCUGCUCGGCGUUUGUGUUGCUCGAUGAUCCGACGAGCGUGAUAAGGAGGUGGGCGGGAAUGCUGAGGGAGGGUGGGAGGCUGAUUGUUGAUGUUCCGACCGAGGAUCUUACGAUGCAGUACCUGUUUAUGUCAGUGCUAAGUACGAAGCUUGGAAUGGCAGCGCCUUAUGAUCGGGAGUGGGUCCAGAGCAUGCAUAGUCUAGAGAGAAUGUAUGAGGACGCGGGAUUGGUGGUCGAGAAGUCGUGGAGGACCAAGAGUUACAUUCCCGAGACGUGGUAUGAGGACAAGGAGAGCGUCAGGGACGAUGUAUUCGAUAAGCAGACGAGAGAGCUGUAUGUGAGAUUUGCGCAGGAGGGCAGGCAGGAGGAUGCGAGGAUUGCGUGGAGGGAUGUAUGGAAGUUGGGAGUAGAGGGUGGGAAUGGGAAGGUGUAUGAGGGCUACCCGGUUUACGUGAGUAUUGGGAGGAGACCUUGA